GUACGCAGCGGAGAUGGUUUGCGCCCUGCAGUAUCUCCACUCAAAUGGGAUUAUCCAUCGAGAUUUCAAAGCAAAUAAUGUCCUAGUGACCAACAAGGGACAUAUUAAGAUUCUCGACUUUGGAAUGGCGGUUGAGGGCAUCUUUGGAGAUAAAAAAGCCAGAGGAGUACUAGGAACAUUGCCCUACCUGGCCCCUGAGGUAAUCAAAGAUGAGGAGUAUGAUGCAGGAAUAGACUGGUGGAGCCUUGGAAUCGUUAUAUAUAAGAUGGCCACCGGAUCUCAUCCAUUCGGCUUGGAAAAUGACUUGUCAAACUUCACCAACGACAUUCUCUAUAAGGAGCCCUACAUUCCAGAAUGGCUCAACAAAAAACUGCAAGAUCUCCUGCGACAGCUUCUGACGAAAGAUCCUAAGAAGCGACUUGGCCGCAAUGGGAACAUUCGGGAGCACCCAUUUUUCCAUUCCAUCGAUUGGGUGAACCUAGAAAAGCUGAAUGUACCACCCCCUUCCAAACCAAAAACAGUGCCAUCGGUGGAUUUCGGCAAGACAAUUGAAGAGCCACUGUCGUUCUUGGAGUCUAUAAAAUACAAGAUGUCUUCAGAAUACCUCACGCCGUCAUCCCAGUUGGAGCACCCAAGCCAUUGUUGGACAUCCAGGAAUCUCUGCCAUUCGCAGGCCCAACCAAUGGCCAUCAACUCUCCAUACCAUCCGUCUCCAUUUGGUCCUUUUGGCUUCUCCGUCCAGCCUUACACUGCAUAUUGGCCUCAUGUCGGCUUCUACCAACAGCCUUUUCCAUCAGUUCCUUAUAAUCUCCAUCCUUUCCUUGGUCCUGUUAUUAGACCUCCACCAUGUCCAGUCAUAGUCCCAAUUUCUCAUAACCUGCCUCUUGAUGUCAUCAACACCCCUUGGCUCCCUCCGCCAGUUUCAGUCUUAAUCCCAGUUUAUCAUAACCUGCCUCUUGAUUUCGUCAACACCCCUUGGCCUUUUCCAUCACACCUGCAGUAACCAUCGUCCUUUGGCUCUAUCAUUGGCCCUUAACAUCUUGAGUCUCUGGCCUUUGUCACUUUUCCAUAACGGUUAUUUUUGACCCUUCGUUGUUACUAACACUUGUUCUUUCCAUCUGCCUCUAGCCUUUUCCAAUGGCUACUGUCUCUGGCCCAUUACAUCAGCCUUUUCCAUCACUCACUGUUUCUGCAGUGGCCCAUUCAACCGCCUUUACUUCUAGCCUUUACCACCGGGUACUGUCUCUGGCCCUCACCAUCAGCCCCAACAUUGGCCCAUUCCAUUGGCCUUUAUCUCUAGCCC